AUGAGACAGCCAAAAACAAGUCUUGUGACUGUGAAGCUACCCAUUUCUUGCCCUUUGCUCUUUGAAGACCUCCAGUUUGAUGCUCGUUUUGACAUUAUUCUUUCUUCUGAUGAAAUGUUAGCAUUCCAGAUGACCGACGUUUUAUCACAUUGUCUCACGGAACGUGAGAUGAUGUUAGCAGUGAAUGGUGUCGAACGCGUGUUUAUUGGGACAGUUGUGCCAGUUCUGAUCAUAUUUGGGAUCAGCGGAAAUAUUUUAAAUCUGACUGUGUUGUUGACUCCAACGAUGAGAACGAGGUGAGC